UGAUAUCCUUUUGUUUUCAGAUCGUAUGGAAACGUUCAAAAGAAUUGGAUACGAGGCAAUAGAGAAAGGUGGACUUAUAUCCCACUGGCAAGCAAAUAAGCUUUAUGUCUUGGUAGCCGACCCCGAGCCUGCGGAGGUUCUACUCAAGACUUGCCUAGAGAAGGAUGACGUUAUGAAGUACUUUAGAAGACUCCUUGGAAAUGGCAGCGUGUUUGCACCAGUCCCAAUAUGGCGUCCCCGUCGCAAGAUGCUAGCUCCGACCUUCAGCCCUAAGAACCUGAACUCGUUCGUGAAGGUGUUCUCCAACCAGAGCAGCACCAUGGUGAAACAGCUCAGCUCCGUCGCUGGCAGAGGCGCUUUCUCCAUCUGGAAGUACCUCACUACGUACUCCAUGGAUUCUGUUUGUGAAACGACACUGGGCAUAAAAAUGAACUCCCAGCUGCAGCCCGACCAGCCAUUUCUACAUGCCUUCGAGACCUGCUGCCGUAUAGAUGCCAAACGCAUUUGUCAGCCCUGGCUGUAUAAUGAGACGGUCUACCGCUUCUUCUGCGCAAAUGCCUCUCAAAUGUAUGCAGAUGGCAAGGAACUGAUAAUGAACUUUAUGAACAAGAUCAUUGCAUCAAAAGCAGAAGAACUGACAAAAGAAAAGAUAGAUCAAGAAACUGGCACACCAAAGACAGAAAGCUUUAAGACGUUCCUAGAACUGCUGAUGGAAUCGCCAGUGGAGCAUAACAACGUGACCCUAAGAGAAGAGACCCUGGUUAUCGUACUAGCUGGCACUGAUACUUCAGCAGUGGGAUCCGCUUUCACUACUCUCAUGAUGGCCAAAUACCCUGAUGUGCAGGACAAAGUUUAUGAAGAAUUACAAGGUGUGUUUGGCGAUUCAGACAGACAAGUGACUCCUGAAGAUCUGCCCAGCCUCAAGUACUUGGAAGCCGUUAUAAAAGAAACGUUGCGAAUGUAUCCUCCCGUACCUUUCAUAGUACGGCAAGUCCAGAAAGAUGUAACUCUACCUUCAGGUAUAACAAUAUUAGAAGGCUGUGGCCUCUUCAUCAGCAUCUGGUCUAUCCACCGCAAUCCUCGGUACUGGGGUUGUGACGCGGAGCAGUUUCGUCCUGAGCGCUUCCUCGACGCGCCGCCCACACACCCUGCCGCCUUUAUGCCCUUCAGCCAUGGACCUAGGAGCUGUUUAGGCUACCAAUACGCGAUGAUGUCGAUGAAAACUGCGCUUGCGACUAUGUUGCGUCGAUACCGCGUACUACCUAGUGAGACGAAUAACUAUGUAAACCAGGAUAAGUUUAACUUUGAUGGAACCAAGAGGGAUAACUUUAACUUCGAUGAAACCAAGAGCGAUAAGUUUAGCUCAGAUGGGCUCAAGGGAGAUCUUAGAGUGAAGUUUGAUAUCAUGAUAAGAGACGUCAAUGAUUUUGUUGUGCAACUUGAAUUGAGAUAA